GCCGCCUUUCCGGCCGCGGCGAGGAGCGCGGGUGCGGGGCGCGCAGCAAGAUGCUCACGGCAGCGGCAACCUUGGUGUGCGUGUGUGCAGCAGCCUGGUGCAGCCCGGCGGCGGCGGCGGCCGGGGGCAGACCGGACAGCGGCAAUUUUCUGGACGAUAAACAAUGGCUCACGACCGUCUCCCAGUACGACAAGGAGGUCGGGCAGUGGAACAAAUUCCGAGACGAUGAUUAUUUUCGUACAUGGAGUCCGGGUAAACCAUUUGAUCAAGCUUUAGAUCCGGCUAAAGAUCCAUGUUUGAAGAUGAAAUGUAGUCGCCAUAAAGUCUGUGUUGCACAGGAUCAACAGACUGCAGUUUGCAUCAGUCAUCGAAGGCUUACGCACAGUAUGAAAGAGGCUGGUUUAGGCCAUAAACAGUGGAGGGGUGGUCCCAUUUCAUCAAACUGCAAGCAGUGUCCAGUAGUUUAUACCAAUCCUGUUUGUGGAUCAGAUGGUCACACAUAUUCUUCUCAGUGCAAAUUAGACUAUCAAGCCUGUGUCUCAGGAAAACAAAUUUCAGUGAAAUGUGAAGGACGUUGCCCUUGCCCUUCUGACAGAUCCACAAAAGCAGGCAGAAAUGACAGGAGAGUGUGCAGUGACCUGGAAUUCAGGGAAGUUGCAAACAGAUUGAGAGACUGGUUUAAGGCACUUCAUGAAAGUGGAAUUCAGAAUAAGAAGACUAGGAUUGUUCAGAGGCCUGAAAGAAGCCGAUUUGAUACCAGCAUUUUGCCAAUUUGCAAAGACUCCCUGGGCUGGAUGUUUAACAGGCUUGAUACGAACUAUGACCUGUUGUUGGACCAGUCAGAGCUUGGAAGCAUUUACCUUGACAAGAACGAGCCGUGCACCAGGGCAUUCUUCAAUUCUUGUGACACAUACAAGGACAGUUUGAUAUCUAACAAUGAGUGGUGCUACUGCUUCCAAAGACAGCAAGACCCACCUUGCCAGACAGAACUCAGUAACAUUCAGAAGCAGCAAGGAGGAAAGAAGCUCCUAGGGCAGUACAUCCCCUUCUGUGAUGAGGAUGGGUAUUACAAGCCAAGUCAGUGCCAUGGCAGCCUAGGGCAGUGCUGGUGUGUGGACAGAUAUGGCAAUGAGGUGUCAGGAUCCAGAACAAAUGGCGCAGCGGAAUGUGCUAUCGAUUUAGAGACUUCAGGUGAUUUUGCCUCUGGUGAUUUCCAUGAAUGGACAGAUGAUGAAGAUGAUGAAGAUGAAAUAAUGAACGAUGAAGAUGAAAUUGAAGAUGAUGAUGAAGAUGAAGGGGAUGAUGAUGAUGAUGACGAUGAUCAUGAUGGAUAUAUUUAAUAAUAUUAGGAGGUCCCUAUGUUGUACCUUUCUAAAUUUCACAAGAUGAUAUUUCAUAAAACCCCUUUGCUCUCCAAGAUCAAAAGGGUUCUAACAAAUAUGUAUAUUUUGUAUGAUUGUUUCAAACAUUGCAGCUGGAGUCAUAGACUUUUUUUUGUUUAAAUAAGAAUAAUUAUAUCAUGUGCUUUUGAGUUUUUAAAUUCCGUUGCGCUGAAGAAAACACAUUGGAAUUCUAGCCCGAAGAAAAAAAAGUUAUGUGCGACUGAAAAUAUAUAUAUGUGCAAAACACACUAGAAAGCCAACCAGUCUCUUCAAAAUUCUGCUGAAAAAAUAUUUUCCCUUACUUGGAACUGUGCAUGUCCUCUUCAAAAUGCAUACUGUGACUUUCCUGCAGUUCCGUAGGUGUUUUAAGCCCUGCGACUGCCCAUUUAAUGAAUCAGAAAUGUAUUGCAGUAGAAAAAUAUUGGUGCACAAGUAGCAUCUCAACCAGCCUUUAAUUAACCAAAGGUAUGGAGAACAAUCAGGAGGGAAAAUUGUAGCAAAGUCCUCCUUUGCAUUUGCAGUUAUGUUUUUUAUUAGGAAAUGGCUAGAUUAUUGAAAGGAUUUUUCAAAAGCAGUAGCAUGGACAAGCACCAGUUCUGUAAUUCUAAAAUUUUCUUGUCCUUCCUUUUUUUGGUUUCAUGUCAAGGUGAUAUAAGCUUUAUCAUUAUUUACUUAAUCAUUGCUUCAUCCUUUGUGGUUUCUCUGUAUUUCUCUCUAAUCAGACUAGUGUAAAAUAUUUACAUUGGGAAAAAGAUUUGCUUAAAGUUUAUUACCUUUAUACCUUACUGUAUUUCAGAGUAUUGUCACUUGCCCCAAGGUAGUUUUUCAUAAAUGUAUAAUGAUGCUUUUUAUUUUCUUAUUUCAGGAAAUAGUUUUGCUCUUUAUCUUAAUCCAUGUUGUUUUCUGUUACUAGUGCAGAAACUUAUAGAACGUAUUGUAAAGGUGCCUUGCAAAAUAGAACUAGAGAGGUUUUAGCAUGCAUACCAGUAUAGGAUGUUAGGCAAUAGCUAAGCACACCCAAUUACCAAAUUAAUACCAGUAUAGGUACUGCUGCUGGAAUGAAAAAAAUGGAUUAUUUUAAUUUUUUUUAAUUAUUAUUAUGUAAUUACCAUGUGGUCUAGAUUAUACUUAUUGUGUAGAGUAGCACUUAAGAUUUGACUGUAGAGAAAAUUACUUUAAUCACUGUAUUUAUGUUAGCAUGUUAAUUAUUGUGUAGACAUUUUGGGACUCCACCAUCUUCAUUCAUAUCCUAUCUGUUUCCUUCUGCCCACAAUAAAAUUGACAUGACCUGUAUAAUGUAUUACUGCAGGUUGUAUAAUUUAAAAAUGAGUCACUGAUUUCCCGUCAUUAAUAAAAGGAAAAUCAGAUUCUUAUUUGAAUUAAUUUCUACAUGGUAAAUACUAAAUCUAAUGUUUAUCUUAUGUAAUAUUGAAAAGUAUAAUGCAUUUUCUUUUUUACUGUUUCUGUAUAGUUUGCAAAAUAAAAACUCUUGUAACCAACCUUUGGCCAGUAUAGCCCAUCAUUUUGACUUUUUACAUAGUCUGAAAUUUAGAAUCAGGAAGAAUUCAUGUUUCAGAUGCAUUUUGCCUAUUAAAAUAUGUAUUUAUUUGAAUAAAGCCAUUAAUGUUUUCUUUUCAUUAAAAAUAUUUGAAAAGGGCAAAACACGUAGGGAGCUUCUGAUUUUCUGUAAUUUCCCUGAUUUUUCUAUAGCUUUGUUAUGUACUUUUGUGACAUUGUCUUCAUUUCAUAGUAAAGAAAGAGAGAGACUUCUUCUCAAGCUUGGUCAUAAUUUGUGGGGCAUAGCUGUGUUAUUUUCUUAAAUAAAGACAGUUAAGAAUUUACCAUUCUGAUAGUGGGAUUUUGUCAAUGAACAGUUUCUUAUGAUUGAAAUUCACUGAUAUAUAAACUGAUUUUAAAUAAAGAAGCUAAAGAAAAAGUGUUUUCAUUAUUGGCUGAUGCCGUAAGUACUGUUGUGGGGAAUUUUUUUUGCAUGUGACAAAUGGUUAUUAGAUGACAAACUGAAAAUGCAUUUCAUUAAAACUUG